CUCUUUCUUUUUGCAAUGGACUCGUCCUAUCGCUUAAGCGUCAACUGAAGAGCAGCCGUUCCACUUCCGUCGCAAAAUGAACCUUUCCGGAAGUGGCGAAACAAAAGGCGGGCAAACGGCUUCAUUUGCCCUUGCGGGGCUAAGCGUAGCGCUGCAUUAGGCGGCGCUUACCCGCCUCCCCACCCCACCCCGCCCGGCCUCUAAGUUCGGCGGCCGCCGGUCGUCGCGAGCGCGCACGUGUCCUUCGAGGCGCCUGUGGGGAGCCGUUACAGCCGUUAUUCCUUUGCGUUCGGUGAGUGGCUGUUAUCUGGCGGGCUGGAGUCCGCGGGCGGGUGAACGGUCGGGAGACGGAGGAGUUCAGCAGCGUUAGGAGGGCCGCAAGCUCCCCAUCCCUUGGGGUUUGCAGACUCCCACGGAACCUUAAACCGGCCUCGGCUUUCCUUACCCCACUCUUAUCUCACAGCCCGUGCCAUAGCCCUGGUCAAGACGACGCUACCCUAUUUGGCCGCGUUUAUAUGUUGCUCUGCGGCUUGAAAACGUGCAGAACGGCUCUUGGAAGUGUCAGAACAAUCAUUGUAUAUAUAACAAAACCUGAACAGACAGGAGAGCAGCUGGAACAUGAGGGAAGAGGACUUGACUAAGAGGAUGUAAGAUAAAAUGGUUUCAAAAGCCCGGGGCAUAUGAUAUUCACUUCACCUAGAAGGAGAUCAGGCUCGAUGUCAGGGGAAGGUGUUACAGAUCCAGGGCACAAAACACGAAAAUGCCCUUAUCCUAGGGCAACUGAAGGUUUAGCCUUCAAUUUAAGGGCGUCUUAAAAAUGAUAUUGAUAUUUGGGGUGUAUCAUAUGGUCCUGUCUAUCUUUUUGGUUCCAGGUCAUUUAAAGCAGGCACGUCCAACUCCCAACAGACUGUGAUCUACUCACAGUAUUAAAAAAAAACAACUGGCAGUGAUCUACCCUUUAAAAAAAAAAAAGAUCGCUAGGGGUCCAAAGAUUGACCAGGAACACUCCGUGAUCAACCAGUAGAUUGCAUUUGACCUGUUGGACAUGCCUGAUUUAGAACUUAGCAUUAACCUUUAAUCGUGCCCUUGUUUUCUCUUGGCUGAUCCCAGCCAGACCCCAAAGUCACUUGUAAGUUCUUCUGUUCCUUCCUUUUGGAGAGAACAAUCUGAACUUAUUACCAACUGUCAUGGACCAGAAGAAUUGACCUCCCCCAUCAACACAUCCCUAGUUAUGUCGCACCAUUGACUAUGCAGUCUUCUGUGGUAGCUUAACCUUUGACGAGGGCCCGUAAUGACGAGGGCCUGCUCGUCACAAAAAAAAAUCAGUCUCACACCAAGAUGCUUUUUUGUAAAGGGUCUAACAGCCUGCCUCUCUCUGGAGCUGCAGCCCAGUAUUUUUAUUAAGAACAGUACAACAAUGUAUCAAUCAUCAUGCAAGGCAAACACCAAAUAUGGGGAUCACCCCAUUAUCAAGCCAUACAAUAAGAACCAAUCACCUUCCUUGCAUGAGGCGAUCACGCGCUCAUCAUGCCUAACACAGCCUGCAGUAUCAAAAGGUCAAACUAUAGUAAAUUCCCAUCCUGGCAUCCAUCUUGUCAUGUAGGUACAAACAACCAUUUUCCUACAUGCCCUCUUUUCUUAUUUGUUUUAUGAAAAGUAAAAAAUAAAUUUUAACAAAACCUAAUCAGAAUCAUUUGUUUCAUUUCCUAAACGCUGAUAUCUUGCAAUGUAAAUUCCUCUUGUGACUCCAGUGGUAGGUCUUGGACGAUACCACCAGGUACUACAUUGAGCAAACAAAGAGGGUAGGCAUUGAAUGCAGCAACACAACACAAUAAAUCCUGCAACAAGCAAAAUUACAAUUAGUAAAAUUUUUCUUAACCACACUCUAUUAGGCAACCAGGAAGACAACCAUUCCCAUGGAUCAAAACCUUCGGGAGGAUUCAAAGGAUUAUGGGCUAUCAUUUGUUCCAUAUAAUCAAUAGUAGCAGAAAUAUUGGCCGAUUGAUCAGAUAUAUACAUACAACAAUGGGAAUGAAUUAAAGCACAAACUCCACCUUUGGAAGCAAGGAUUACAUCUAAAGCAUAACGAUUUUCAAGAGUCACAUCUCUCAUUUCUGACAUUUCUUUGUUAAUUAAUUUUAAGGCCAAGAUAGUAGAAUUAAACAAGGCUUCAGUCCAAUUAGCCAAUUUGUGCAAAUCACGGUAAUUCAUGCCUGCACCUAAAGAGGGCAGGAGAGAUCUAGAGACGGCUGUCCCUGUAUAUUGAGAGAUAGGUGAUCGCACUUCCCUUUUGUUACGCAAACGAACCACUGGGAGCUUGUCCAGUUUAUAGACCAGGGGUAUGACUAUUCCUAAGGUGCACGUUCCAGAAAAGGCAAAGGGGAUUUCUUUGUAGGCUCUAGUACCACAAAAUAACCAUAAAUCAGAUUGAAGCAAACAUGUAGAUUUGCUGCUUCUCUUCAUCCAAUCAAACCAAACAUAAAAAUCUCUACACAUAGCCUGUUGUUCAUAAGUCAUGUUGGUCGUGACAUUAUUAACUAAAACUUUUGGCCUACCACUCAUAGUGGUAACAUUAAGAAAACAAGAAGAUCCAUUAACAUACUCAUAGGUCCAAUUACAAUAUGGAUAAUGACCUAAAAAUUUACUACUAUUACGAUUGAAAUGAAAACAAUGAGACGCUGUUUCUACAAGCGACAAAAACACAGGGGUGAACUAGUACGAUUAUCUUUCAUAUUAUUACUAAUCUUAUAUGAAGCAUUUACAGGAAUACCAUACAAUAAUAUGCCAGAUCUUUUUGAUUGAGGAGGAAUAUGCAUACACAUCCAACAUUCGGAAAGAUUAAGUAUAGAAGCAAAAUUAUUUAUGUCCCUAACAUAUGUAUUGUUGGUCCAAAUCUGAUGAUAAAGUUCAGGCUUACGAGCCUUCUGCAAAAGAGCAGCACGACGAGAGCGGCGCUUCACAGUGUCCACGGAGGGGUAAUGGUGACUUCCCAGGGGGAGGGGGGUCAAUGAGGUAGGGACGAAGAUGACCUUUCGACGUGCCAGGAAACACCGGAACAGCUGUAGAAGGCGACUUUAUCCAGGGUGCAUCAAUAUGGCGAUGUCUCCAACUGCAACGCGGGUUGAAGUCAGGUGGGAGGUGCAAGGUCCCCAUCGGUUGCAUUUGUUCAUUAACCCUUCGAAGGUCUUGGAGAAGACGGAAUUUUCCAGAUGCCUUUUUUCUGAUGACAAAGAUGGGUGUAUUCCACGGGCUGGUGGAAGGUUCAAUGUGCCCCAGUUCAAGUUGUUCUGAAAUUAACUGGGCUGCCACUGCAAGCUUUUCUUUAGGCAAGGGCCAUUGGUCUACCCACACGGGGGUGUCUGUGGUCCAGCAGAGAGAAAGCGCAGUCCGGGGCAUGGCAGGGGCAGCCCUUAGCAUAAAUUUGUAGAAAUGGUGGUAUCCGCUGCAGCAAGCAGAUCUCGCCCCAAAGGGAGACAGGAAUGUCCAGGAUCAGUGGCAAAAUAGUCAUUUCAAAGCCUUGAGAGCCUUGAAUCAAAAUAGGAUUCCUGCUGCGGCGGGCCGAGGCAGAGCCUCCAACGCCGACAACAGAAGAAGCUGGUUCGGUGGGCCAAGCAGGAGGCCAAUCCUUGGAGGCGAUCACGGAGCAAUCCGCCCCGUGUCCAAAACCCCUUCAAUCAUGCGGCCUCCAAGGGUCAUCUGGAUCUUUGGGCGCUCCUCUGUGACUGAAAAGGUAGCGGCAACAAGAGGAUCAUGGUUCUGGAUCGUCUCCGGAGCGCACACAAUCUUGGCAAUAGGAGAACCAGACGGCAAAUGCGUAGGGCGAUCAGAAAAGACAGUCACAUAAGGGUCAUUGUGUUGUAAUCCAUGUAACACAUCUGGAACAAGAUGGACCCCUUGCUGCAAAACCUCUGACAGUGGGAAGACAAGGCACUGUGCUGAAGAAGAAAAACCAGCCCCUGUUGACACUUGAGCCUGUUGUGGUACAUAGGGGACUGGCAGGCAUAAGUCCUGGGUUAGAGAAAGGUGAGGUAGUGCUGGCGGUGGAAUAACCGGAGAACAUGCUGAAUCCCCUAUUGUUGUGCCUGGGCCCGGGUGGGCCCGACUGCCGGUUUCCCGUCAGUUGGUUUUGUUGAUGUUGCUGUUUUUGUUGUUGUUGUUGACUUUGUUGAGGCACGGCAAAACGGCACUGGUUAGCCCAGUGAAAGCCUUUCUUACAAAUAGGGCACUUUGUGCUAGGGCGGCAUUGCUGCGUGAUGGAUCUGCACUGCGCACGAAAAUGUCCCAUUUUUCCGCAACCAAAACAAGUUUUGUCCUUGGCAGGAUUCUGGGAUACUGUAGAGGAUAGAGCUGCGGCUAACAGACGAGCUUUGUGCGUCUCAGUGCCCACUGACUGGCAGGCCUUAAGCAUAUCUGCAAUGGCAAUAUUUGGCGUUGUCAUCAAAGGGCGCAGUGCUUGCUUACAGUCCUCAUUCGCAUUAUCAAACGCAAGCUGGCGGACAAUCACUUCUUGGGCUGCGACGUCCUGAACUUGCCGCUUGAGGGUGUUAUACAAGCGAUCGACAAAUUGUCCAUAAGGCUCUGCAGGGCCUUGCCGGACGCUGCCCCAACGUCCAUCACGCUCAGUCUUUUCAUCAGGCACAGCGGACAGGGCCUCCUGAGCGGCAGCGGUAGUGGCUUCCCAAUACAUGGGAUCAAGGGCUAGCUGCUGGGCGAUGGUAAGAAAAUUGCCCCCACCUGUCAGGCCGUCAAAAACAUCAGUAUGGGUCAACAUAACAGGGGCUGGAGGUGGAGCGCCAGCGGCGGCAAUCGCGGCUUGGUGAGCUGCCUGCGCAGCAUUGUUGAGAUUGUUGCGAAUGCCAUCAACGCGACGUUGGCAAGCCCAAUGCCAAGCUUGUAUAAACAAAAUCAUUUGAUGAGGCUGCAUAACAGUGCGGGCUAAUAAUUUUACAUCCUCUGGUAUUAGAUUUUGCUGAAAAAUAGUGCCAAAAAGUCCCAGGGUAUAAGGAGAAUGUAAGCCAUUGUCCCUGACAGAGGAAUACAGUUCCUUUAUGAAUCUUAAAUCAAACUGUUCGUGGCGGGCUGGGCCUCCCCCCACGGCGGCAGGAACAAUUACAGGAAAAAGAUUUGGUGUGGCAGAAUCAAAAGCUAGCAAUGGAGCAGCGGCACGGAGAGACUCUUGAAGAGGAGUGGUAGCAACGUUGGGCACCCCUGGUGAAAAAGCUGGAGGAGGGGCAGAGGGAGGCGGUGGUAGGACAGUAGGAACCGAAGGAGAGAGAUCCGGUGGUUUAGGAGGUACAUAAACUGGUGGUUUCGAAGAAGGCAACGGUUGGCAUAAAAUUGGAGAGGGAAGAGGCAAAGCAGCAGGCGAAGAAGCCAAAAGGAUAUUAGCUGGUGUCAGGCAGGACAUCGCUUUAUAAACUUUAAACCAUGCAAGCAGAACCUUGACAUUAAUUUGAGGAUGGUUAUGGAAAAAAUGUCCUAUUUUCUCCCAGUCUUUUAAAUCCAAAGUGCCAUCCUGAGGAAACCAGGGGCAAUGAGUGUCCAAAGCUAGAAGAAGUGCCUUAAGAUCGGCAUCCGAAACAGCAAGGUUGUUACUGGCCAGAAGAAAUUUAAGUUCAUCAAAAAACUUCUUUUGUGGCGCUGAAAGAGACUGCCCCAUGAUAGCAACUGUAGUGAAAAAAAAUCACAGGGAUCCACAAAGGAUGAAAAGGAGCGAAAAAAGGGAGCACCCACCGGGAUCCUAGGAGAGGAUGAGCGGUACCUGUAGCCCUGGCCGGGCGUGGUGGACGCUGAGAAGGCCGCAGCGACGCGAAGUCCGAUAUCAGUCGAAGUCCAAAGGAAAGGGAGCGCUCACCGGGAUCCGAAGCGGAUGAAAGACGCGUGGCGAGCGCUGAACGAUGAGAAACAACGAAGAGUCCGAGGGUAGUCACACGGGGCACCAAAUGACGAGGGCCCGUAAUGACGAGGGCCUGCUCGUCACAAAAAAAAAUCAGUCUCACACCAAGAUGCUUUUUUGUAAAGGGUCUAACAGCCUGCCUCUCUCUGGAGCUGCAGCCCAGUAUUUUUAUUAAGAACAGUACAACAAUGUAUCAAUCAUCAUGCAAGGCAAACACCAAAUAUGGGGAUCACCCCAUUAUCAAGCCAUACAAUAAGAACCAAUCACCUUCCUUGCAUGAGGCGAUCACGCGCUCAUCAUGCCUAACACAGCCUGCAGUAUCAAAAGGUCAAACUAUAGUAAAUUCCCAUCCUGGCAUCCAUCUUGUCAUGUAGGUACAAACAACCAUUUUCCUACAAACCUUGGCUGCAAUAACGGGGUAAACUAAUUAUAUAACAAUUUGCUUGCCUUACACAAGAAUUCACUUCAUGAGUUUACCAGUCAAAAUCUAACAAAUUGCUUUGUCUUGAAUCAAACCUUUUUCUGUAACCUGAACCUGAACUGUAAAUUAUUGUCUUGUUGUUUUCUCCCACAGGUCUUACACAUAUUUUGAAAAUGUCGUAUAUGCUUCCACAUUUACACAAUGGCUGGCAAGUAGACCAGGCCAUUCUUUCAGAAGAAGACCGUGUGGUGGUCAUUCGUUUUGGGCAUGACUGGGAUCCAACAUGUAUGAAAAUGGACGAAGUUUUAUAUAGUAUUGCUGAGAAGGUAUUUCAUUUUUAUUAAUAUUGUAUUAUAUCCAUUUAAUCCAUAUUUAUAUAUUAAACCAAUAACAUAAGCUUAUGAGAAAACAUGCCAAUUAUUUUGUUUACAUUUUUAUCUGAGAAGGAACAACUGAAAUGCAUGGUUUUUAUGUAAAAUAUUUUUUUCAGUAAAGGUCGCACACAUCCAGAGUCAUGUGAGUAGGCUUCCUCUUGUAUCACGAGACUUCCUCUCUGCCCUCUGUAGCACUCCUGAAACCUGCCUGAGGGUCUUCCAACCCCCUGGAGCACAAUUUUGUGGGAGUGGUACAAGGGAGGGGAGCAAAGGAAAGUUCAUAUUAUGCUAUAAUAAUGAAUUAUAUUGGUUCUUGCCAGAAUACAAAAGUUACUGACUUUCCUAAACUUAUAAACUUUGUGGUUGCAAUGAAUGAAAUUGAAUUAGAAUCACAAAAGGAGGCAGAACAAGGCAAAGUUCUUGUAUUUCUUCAAUGUUAUAUUGCCAUUCGUUUGAUUGUUUUAAGCAGUUGUGGUCCUUUAAUUUUGUUUGUUAACUGUUUCUUACUGUAGAGUAAUUGUUUCCAAAUCAGCUUUUCUACUGAAAAUCUUUACCAGGCUUCCUCAACCUCAGCCCUUCAGAUGUUUUGAGACUACAAUUCCCAUCAUCCCUGACCCCUGGUCCUCCUAGCUAGGGAUCAUGGGAGUUGUAGGCCAAAAACAUCUGGAGAGCCGAGGUUGAGGACGCUUGCUCUUUACCUAUCUGCUGCAACACUCCUGCAUUAUUGAAGAAAGUUCUAGGGGUAUAACUACCUCAUGUAAAGGCCUGGAUAAGCCUUUCAGAUCUGAUUAUUGCAUCAUGUUAAUUGAAAUUAUAUCCUAGAAUGGAACCCUAGCUUUUUAUCAGAGAGGAAGAUUGAUAGGCAUUUGCAAGCCAUAGUUUAGGGUAGACCUAAUGCUGAUCUUAAUAUUCAUCUAACCUGUUUAUCAUUAAAAAUGAUCCCAGAAUGUUUUACAAUAUACAAAAUAAAUACACCGCUCACAAUGAAAUCAUUUUCAUAAAACAAAUAAAAUGCUAAAAAUUCUUAAUCACUUACAACAGAUUGAUAAGUCGCUGAGAGCAGGCUACACAACUGUAUACCAGUUUAGCAAAAAACCUGGGCGAAUAGGUAUGUUUUUAACUGUUGCUGAAAAUCUAUCAGUUUCAGCACCAGUUGGAUCUGGAAAGAAGGGCAUUCCACAGUUUGGGUGCUGAUAUUAAGAAUGCCUUCAAGCUUCCAGGAACCUCUGCAUUAUUGGAACAUAGUUUGAAAAACAGUGUUCUAUACCAUUGUAAAGAAUUUACUGGUACUUGGAUAGGUGGUAGAUGAGGGAGGUUUGGCAUAUAUUUUAAAGCAGCAAAUAUGCUAAAGGUAGUUGCAGAAGUUAUGGGGGCUGAAAUAAAAUAGGACUCUUUCUGUCACAUGAAGGGCGCCUUUGGAUCUAACCUUAUAUAAAAUUGCAUUGCAGAAGUUUUUGUGAAAACUAAAAUAAUAAAAUUCAUACAUAUGCUAUUAAUAACAGCAUAGAAUUCAAACUGUUAUGAAAACAACCCUAAAGGCAAUCCAAUUGCUUGUAUUACUGCUUCUGAGCAAUAAAAGACAAAUUGACUUUAAACUUCAGGGCAAAUAUAGUAAGUUCAUGUACCAAAAUUGAGACAUAACUAUUUAGUAUUUUGACAUUUUAAAGGAAGAUAUAGCUAGAAAUAUUAAUAGGUGGGAGAAACAUUGUCAAGGAAAUGUCAAGGAAAAGGACAUAAUAUUCUUUGGAAUACUUUUAUAGAUAGUAAUAUAGUCCUACCUCGGGUUACAGACACCUCAGGUUGCAUUUUUUUCAGUUUGUGGACCACUGAAACCCGGAAGUACUGGAACGGGUUACUUCCGGGUUUCGGCAGUCGCGCAUGUGCAGAAGUGCUAAAUCACGCUUUGCACAUGCACAGAAGUGCUGAAUUGAAACCCACACGUGUGCAGACACGCUGCUGCGGGUUGCAAAUGUGCAUCCCGCACGGAUCACGUUCGCAACCCGAGCGUCCACUGUAGUUGAAAAACUAGUAACUUGGCAAGCAUAUUGGCACUUAAAUUUUACGUGGGCGAAAAAGAACAAUGUAACUUUGUAUUUGAACAUCUCCCUCUGCAGAAAUAGCAGAUUAAAGAGGGUGAUCCUUCCUCAUCUUCUUGCUUACAAGUCCUGUUCGGAUAUCACUGCUGUACAAAGAGUGAGUAAUCAGUUGUACUGCAUAUUUACACUAGAACCAUCAUGCAAACCUAUUGUUAUGCUACAGUUAUAUUCUGCACUGGGAGAAAAUUUAGUUGACAGUGAGCACUGAAGUUUCCAGUUUCCAUGCUGGUCACUAUCUUAGAUAGAAUUUCCAGUAAGUGCAGCUUGUUCUUCCACUGUUUAUGCUCCUUCUCUGAUACACUAUGCAUAAUUUCCAAUAUAACCAUGCAGUUCUGGGGUGUAAAAGUUAACAUACGUGUUUUGGACAACAGUGACUUCCUGUCAGGUCCAGCAAAACAAAAAGUUUGCCAAUAUGUGCCGCUAAAGAAAAAGGCUUUUAAGAAUAUUUGUCUACUUCUGUUCUUAUGAGCUGCAUAUCUGACCCCAUCAUCACUAAACAUUUAAAGCGGUGUCAUACCAUUUUAAACAGUCAUAGAUUCCCCCAAAGGACCCUUAGAACUAGUUUGUCAAAGGAGCUGAGAGCUGCUAGACCCCUAUUCCCUUACAAAGCUACAAUUCCCAUAGUCCCUGGGAGAUGGAUUGAUUGUAAAACCAUUUUGGAAAUUACUGUUUUGUAAGCGGAAUGGGGUCUUUCUGUCUCUAGCAUUCAAAAUCAAAAAUGAACUCCUUGGCAUAAUGAGACUUUUUAUUUCCUGGUCUUUGAGCAUUGAGGGUUUGGCAUCAUGUUUUAGGGUUUUAAUACUAACACAAGGGUCAAUUUUUUUUAAAUUUUCAGAAUUCUCUAAGUCUUGCAGUAGGGUUAUAAGUACCUUAAGAAACAUAUAUUCCACUGUAUUAAAAAUAGAUACUUAUACAUAGGUUCUUACAGGUUUAUGUGUAUAUUAGUGUGUUGCAAAGGUUGUCAACCUUUUUGGGUCCACGGCUCCCUUUACCAACUACAUUCUUUCUGUGGCCCCCCGUGAGGCUCAGGAGCCCAGUUAUGUCACCCUUUUCCUGCAGAGCUGGCAGCCCCUCACCCCUUUUUGAACCUUUUUGUAUCCAGUCCUGGCAUCCAAUGAAAUAUGGAUGUGUUUACAGGUGUGUGUCUAAUAUAGGAGAGGUAAACAGGAACUGAGCAGAAACAGCAAAGUUUCUUGUAUUGUGAAUUUUUGAAGGGAUAUUUACUGAGACUUUUUGUGGGUCUUAUAGGAGAUACUGGUGGGUACACUGUGGCCCACAGACACCACACUGGCAACCCUGACCUUCUUGUUUUUCUUCCUUCCCAAAUCUCUUACAUGCUAGUAAAAUAUGUCUGAAGUGUUAAACUCAUUGGCAAUUACAGAACAGUGUAUUUUUUUAAAUUAAGCUGUUUCAAUCAUCACUGCCACAGUAUCAGUAUGACCUACUGCAUUGGGUGGGAGCUGUAAACUAAUGAAGAUUAUGUGCAAAUUAAUACUGAACAACUUGAGAUUUCCUAAAGCUUGCAGAAGAACAAACGUUGAAUUCUGGCUGCUACUGGGCAUAGUGCAAAUGGAUCGGACCUGCACAUAUCUAAAAUAUAAAACCGUAUUCUGUGUUUCAGUUCUUGUUAUGUGUGUCUUUCGUUUUGAAACAAAAUGGGAAAGACUUGUAUCCUUUGGGAAGCAAAUCCCAGUGAGCAUGUUUCUCUGUAAACUUCAAUACAGUGGAACCUUGGGUUGCAAACAUGAUCCGUGCGGGAGGCAUGUUCGCAACCCGCAGCGCCACGUCUGCGGACGCGUGGGUUGUGAUUUGGUGCUUCUGCACAUGCGCAAAGCGUGAUUUAGCGCUUCGCAUGCGCGACUGCCAAAACCCAGAAGUAACCUGUUCCAGUACUUCCGGGUCCGGCACGGUGUGCAACCCGAAAUCGCGUAACCAGAAGCGUCUGUAACCCGAGGUAACACUGUAUUGUGAAGCUAUUUUGCUUACAAUUAAUGUUUUAGAACGUAGUACGUUCUAAACACACAUUCCUCUCCCAUAGGUGAAAAAUUUUGCUGUUAUUUAUCUUGUGGAUAUCACCGAAGUGCCAGACUUCAACAAGAUGUAUGAACUGUACGAUCCCUGUACGGUCAUGUUUUUCUUCAGGUAUACUAUAACUUGUAUAUUUUAAGCUGAUAAGUGUUUUCCAGGCUUUCUCUAAUUUUUGACUGAAUCUGUUUAUUUGUGUCAUGUAGUGCAACUAAAUAAGCUGCAGAAUAGAGUAACUUUAUUGAUGUCUGUAAUCCUACAAAUUUCUGUUGAAUACCACUGGUACAGCACUGGAUACAACCCCAUUAAUCUAAUCUAGUUUUAGUAUAAAGGAAAUAUACAUUAAAGUAAAUCACUCCAUCCUGCCCAAAUGUAGAUGGAGAUAGGGAGGAGUAUAUAUUGCAGAACAUGGGGGCUACAUGAAAUACUAUGUAACUAUAAUAUAUUAAUAAUAUCCUUCCCCAUUUUUCUUUCCUUUCUUAAAGAAACAAGCACAUAAUGAUUGAUUUAGGCACUGGUAACAACAACAAAAUUAACUGGGCAAUGGAGGACAAACAAGAGAUGAUUGACAUCAUAGAAACAGUUUAUAGAGGAGCACGUAAAGGUAGAGGUCUUGUUGUAUCACCCAAGGACUACUCAACCAAAUACAGAUAUUGAUCAUUUGAUCAUUUUACUACAAGUCUACUUCUGGAGCUUCGUAAACUCAAACUUUGUAUAAAGUGUUCUUUCUUGCUUUCGUCUCCAUUGUGAAUAUAUUUUUGAAUUUAUGUAAAUAUGUUAUCUUAUUUUUUAUGCAAAAAAACUUGCUUGAUUUUAGAAAUAAAGUAUGUCUUUUACACAUAGUGUUUUGAAUCUUACAUUUUUCAGAAUAUUAUUUUUAUAAAACUAUUAUUUUUUAUAGGAAUGGACUGAGCUAUGUCCAGUUGAAACAUAACAAAUGCCUCUAGACAACAUAAACCAUAUUUCAUCAGAAUAUAAAAAUACAAAAAUACAGUACAGUGGUACCUUGGUACUUGAAGGGCUUGGCUCCCGAACGCCGCAAACCCAGAAGUAAGUGUUCCGGUUUGUGAACAUUUUUGGGAAGCUGAACGUCCAACACGGCUUCCGAUUGAGUGCAGGAAGCUCCUGCAGUUAAUCGGAAGCCACGCCUUGGUUUUUGAACUAUUUUGGCAGUCAAAUAGACUCCCAGAACAGAUUACCGUAUUUUUCGCUCUAGAGGACGCACUUUUUUCCCUUCAAAAAUGAAGGGAAAAUGUGUGUGCGUCCUAUGGAGCGAAGACGCCAUACCUCGCGACCCUCUCCCGGCUGGAGAGGUGACGCAUGGCUAUGGCAGGAGCCUCUAAAGCCCCGCGUCACCUCUCCAGCAGGGAGAGCGCGCGCAGGGCUAAAGAAGCACCCCGAAACCCUCACCCGGCUGGAGAGGUGACGCGCGGCUGUUGAGGCUCUUGCCAUAGCUGCCCGUCACCUCUCCAGCCGGGAGAGCGCCCGCGCGGGCCGAAAGCAGCCCCCCGUGACCCUCUCCCGGCUGGAGAGGUGACGCGCGGCUAUUGAGGCUCCUGCCAUAGCCGUGCGUCACCUCUCCAGCCGGGAGAGCGCGCGCGGGGCUAAAGUAGCCAUAGCCCAGCGACCCUCUCCCGGCUGGAGAGGUGACGCACGGCUAUGGCAGGAGCCUCUCCGCUGCGCCUUUCCGCUGCUCCUGACCUGCUCUUUGGGGCUGGUGGUGGGCUUCCCCGCCAGCCCCAAAGAGCAGGUCGAAGGAACCUGAAGCCUGGAGAGCGAGAGGGGUCAGUGCACACCGACCCCUCUCGCUCUCCAGGCUUCCAAGGUAGCCGCCUGAACGUACCUUAAACGGCACCUUGUUUUAGAGCGGGAAAACAAGAGGGGGAAAGUUCUCUCCCUCUCUGCACAGCGCCUCCUGCCACUUCGCUGAAGGGGCGCUGGGCAGAGAGGGGGAGAAUUUUUUUUUCUUGUUCUCCCCCCUCUAAAACAAAGUGCGUCCUAUUGUCCGGUGCAUCCUAUGGUGCGAAAAAUACGGUAAGUUCGAGAACCAAGGUACCACUGUAUAAGUCCCACAAGGCACAUUUUUGUGAUUGGCUUGGAUCCAAAUACUGUUCUCCUAUCACCAGAUGGCUGGGUUGGUGGACAUGGGAUGUGAAGGUCUGUAGAUAGGAGGGAUUGGAAUGAUCCCUCUCAUGUGAGCAAGUAGAAAGUGCCUUACAGAGCAGGAAUUUUGGAUUCAAGCAAUUGUUUAAGGCUCACCUUUAGAAUCUGGGAAUCUAAAGUGUCAUGGAUACCAGAAAACAUGCAUAGCACCAACUGAUACAAAUCACUGUAAUAUUAAGUAAUCAUUGUAAUAAGGGAAUUCAGUCAGUGUUUUAUGUGUUCCACUUUCAGAGCCUAAAGCAGUUCCAGUAUAGAUUUUUCAAGAAAGUUGGAAGGCAGACAGUAUCCAUUGCUGGCCAA